UUUUGUUGUGCGACGCAAGUGACGACGUGAAGACCAACAGAGCAGAGCAGCCAGCAGCAGCAGCCAGCGAGCGUCAGACGUGUGCGAAGAACCGAACCGAACCGUACCGAACCAAGAACCGGUGACGUAGACGACGUUGCGUUGUGUCCGCCAUUAUUACAACGACGUUGCUGCCACACGUAAAUUACACAAAUAUACAUGCAUAAAUGUGUAUAUUUAUAUGUACAUACAUGCAUAUAUUUAUAAAUAUUCGGAAAUUAGCAAUAGAAAUCAACUGUGCAGUGCGGCAAUUUACUAAAUCAAAAUAGAACAAAGCGUUCAUUAUACACAACAUACACAGAUACAGAUACAUAUGUGUAUGUAUAUUUUCAUUUGAUGCUCGUUGGAGAAUUCGCAAACACACACUCACAAUCAAUCGCUGCGCUGAGUUAUGUGGGCAGAGCGCGCGCGGAACGGGAACGGAACGGCACGGCCACUGUGAUCUCAUAAAUAACAAAUAAAUAAAAAAUAAUAAUAAAUAAAAAAAAGUAAUAAAGUAAAAAAUAAAUAAAAUAAUAUACUUACAUUACUUAAAUGUAUAAAAUGCAAAGGAGCUAGCAAUUUAUAUCUAUAAAAAUACAUCAAAUCAAAUAAACAAAACCACAACGAAAUCUAGUGCAUAAAAGUGAAUUAUUUGUGAAUUUUAGUGCAAGCAUUAUUAAUUAAAGAAAUGGCGGAAGGCAAUGGCGAACUAUUAGAUGACAUUAACCAGAAAGCCGAUGACCGUGGCGAUGGCGAACGUACAGAGGAUUAUCCCAAGCUACUGGAAUAUGGUCUGGACAAGAAGGUCGCCGGCAAACUGGAUGAAAUCUAUAAAACGGGUAAACUGGCUCACGCCGAGCUGGAUGAGCGCGCAUUGGACGCGCUCAAGGAGUUUCCCGUUGAUGGUGCCUUGAAUGUGCUUAGUCAGUUCCUCGAGUCAAAUCUGGAGCAUGUGUCAAAUAAGUCUGCCUACUUGUGUGGGGUUAUGAAAACCUAUCGUCAAAAGAGUCGCGCCAGUCAGCAAGGUGUGCCCGCAACCGCCAGCACCAUACAGGUGAAGGGACCCGACGAAGACAAGAUCAAAAAGAUACUGGAACGCACCGGCUACACAUUGGAUGUGACCACAGGACAACGAAAAUAUGGCGGUCCGCCACCAAAUUGGGAGGGCAAUGUGCCCGGUAAUGGCUGCGAAGUGUUUUGCGGUAAAAUACCCAAGGAUAUGUUCGAGGACGAGCUAAUCCCGCUAUUUGAGGACUGUGGCACCAUUUGGGAUCUUAGACUCAUGAUGGAUCCAAUGACUGGCACAAAUCGCGGUUAUGCAUUUGUCACAUUCACAAAUCGCGAUGCGGCCGUCAAUGCUGUGCGACAGCUCGAUAAUCACGAAAUAAAACCCGGCAAGUGUCUGAAAAUAAAUAUAAGCGUACCGAACCUGCGCCUUUUCGUAGGCAAUAUACCCAAGUCAAAGGGUAAAGAUGAAAUUUUAGAGGAAUUUGGUAAACUUACAGCUGGCCUCUACGAGGUGAUCAUCUAUAGCUCGCCGGAUGACAAGAAAAAGAAUCGCGGUUUCUGCUUUCUCGAAUACGAGUCACACAAGGCGGCUUCUUUGGCCAAACGGAGACUUGGCACUGGUAGAAUUAAGGUUUGGGGAUGUGAUAUUAUAGUCGACUGGGCCGAUCCACAGGAGGAGCCGGAUGAACAAACAAUGUCCAAGGUUAAAGUGCUAUAUGUACGAAAUCUGACGCAAGAUGUUACAGAGGAAAAACUGAAGGAACAAUUCGAGCAAUAUGGCAAAGUGGAACGCGUUAAGAAAAUUAAAGACUAUGCCUUUAUACACUUUGAGGAUCGUGAUAGCGCCGUCGAAGCUAUGCGUGGCCUUAAUGGCAAGGAGGUCGGCGCCUCGAAUAUUGAGGUCUCACUCGCCAAACCGCCAUCGGACAAAAAGAAAAAGGAGGAAAUUCUGCGCGCACGCGAAAGACGCAUGAUGCAAAUGAUGCAGGCGCGUCCGGCAAUUGUUGGAUUUGAAACAUUGUCUCCAUACAGAAACCUGUCGCCGACACAUCCCAGCAUGAUGUCCAUCACGCCCAUGCGCCUUCCAGGGGCGCGUAUGCCGCUGCGCACGCCGAUGCCCCGUGAAUACGUAGUCGGUAAACGUAAGUUCGAUGGAGGUCACCAAAAUCCGGCAGAUGUUAAGCGACGUUACCAGAGCGGUUUGAUAGGAAAUGGCGGCAGUUGGGGCAGUUUACCGCUACCACAGCAACCCUUAGGCACAAAUGGUGAUCAGUGGUAUAUGGAUACGUUUUCGGCAUGGAGUUAAAACCACAACAACAACAACAACAGCAACAGCAACUGCAACAAACAGUUAAUAAUCAUCCAACAACAACAUGGAUUUUAGAAGCACACCAAAACCAACAACAACAACAGCAACUACAGCAUAUAUGUAUCUAUCUAUACUUCAACUUUUCUAACUCAAUUGAGAGCAUCAAAAAACUUAAGAAAAAAAAAAGCAAUAAAUCCUUUAUAAACAUUUAGCAAUUGGGCUUAACCCUUGAAAACAUAUAGAUAUAUAUACAUAUAUAUCAAUUUUACUGCUUUGCACACACAUCUCCCUCUCUCUCUCUCUUUCUCUUCUACCUAUAAAUCCGAAAAAAAAUUAUAUAUCUAUAAUGAAUAUAACAAACCGUAGAUAAAUAGACUUGCCGCAGCAUUUUUGCAAACUUAUUUUGUUUAAAUCAAGCAUAAAAAACAAGUAUGAAAUUAGAUUGAGAAUCAUAAAUAAUUAGAGCAUUUUUAAUUGAAAAUGUAAGCCCCUUUUUAAAAUUCGAGAACUACGUACGUUUUUAACUUGAAAGUCGAUACAAUAAUGAGCAUAUAUAACAAAAAAAAAAUAAAAAUAAAAGAAACAAACAAAACUACAACUAUAUAAUAUAUAUUUAUAUCAAUAUACUGCAGUUAGGCUCUUAUUGAUUUUAAAACUUAAGCAAAACUUUUUUAUACAUAGAAAACUCAUAAACCAAAUUCAAAAGAUGAAAAACAAAAAAACGUUAUGACAAAAUGAAAUGAAAUUAAUUAUAUUAACAUUUUACUACUAUUUGUAUAAACAUGAAUCAAAUUGAAAAUUCAAUGGACUUAAUUAUGAGAUGCACACAAUAAUAAAAAUAAUACUAACAAAAUUAUCCCCUCAAUUGUAAAUAAAAAAAAAAUAAGGAAAAAGCUCUAAUGAAUUGAUUCAAAACGAAUUCAAAUUGAUAAAAAGUAAUUCAAAAGCAAAGCUUAAUGAAGAAACAUUGACUGAAAAUUAUAAAAACAAAAAAAAAGAACAAGAAAAAACAAUGCGAAAAAAAUUUAUAAAAAUAUUAACUAAUUAAAUUGGAUACAUAGAGAAGUGAGAGAACAAAUAACUAAUGCACAACAGCUGGCAUUAUUAUAUAAUGUCUUGAUAGCGGUGCAAGUUGGCAAGACUUUCCGAUUUAAUUGCAAACUAGUUUAGGUAACUUGAAAUCAAUUAUGAGUAAUAAACAAACAACAAAGUAGAGCUAAGAAAUUGCACAAGAAAA